AUGCCUGAGGUGUCUCUGGUCCUUCGGCAACGUCUUCUUAAACCAUCUCCAUGUCUCGAAGUCUGCCUCCAUUUCUCCGAAAAACUGGCCAUGACAAUGGCCGAUAAUGUCAUAAGGAAAGCCUGCGAUCGCUGUCACUCCCAGAAGUUGAGCUGCAAGCGUGUCGGCGACGAAGCCUGCGAACGCUGUGUCAGACUGCACGCCGAGUGCAAGUCCAGUCCAUCUCUGCGGUAUAAGAAGCAGCACCAGCAACACCAACACCAACACCAAAACCAACAUCAACAUCAACAUCAACAGCAGAAGCAACACAGCCAGCAUCAGCAUCAGCCUCCACAGCAGCAACAGCAGCAACAGAAGCCGCCACAACACCUGCAGGGUCAACAACCACACCCGUCGACUUCUGUGGUAGGUGGGCAGGCGGCUCUGGUAGGCCGGCGAUCGCCAAAGAGACGAAGAACGGGGAGCGACCUGGACCUACUCCAGACUGAAGGGUCACAGAUAAAUCCGCAGCCAGGGGAUAUCACGAGCAGCCACCAAUCCGUCGUCGGAUCCGAGGCCGGACUCGAGCUCGGGGACUUUAAUUUCAAUUUUGAGCAGCUAGCUUUCCUCACGCCACCGCAGACGGAUCCCUUGUCUGUCCUCCCUGGGCCCGUGGACGCAUUUCAAAACCCUUCCCCCUUUGCAGAGCCGUGGGAGCAGCAGCUGGCCUCGUCUUCGGACCCAUUCCAGCAACUUGCACCCUCCGCCUUUACGCCAGCCAACGGAACGCAGUUUCACCGCAUAGUUCCCACGUUUGCGCCGAGGAGACGACCUUGCGCCGGCGAGCAGGGGACGUCCGACAGGCGCCAGCGCCAGCGGCCAAGGCACAGGGCGAGGCAGAUUGCUCUGAGGCACGUCGCCCACGCAUCAAACCAGGGACGAGAGACGUCGAGGACGCACUGGAUGGCGCAACUAACCGAUAUAAAUUCCCGCCUGUUGGAUCUCGCGUCCAUCCUGCCCAAGCAGCAGGGGUCGCUGCCCAACGGACGAGCGGGCGAUGACGGCACCGGGUUCCCUAUCGACGAGAUGUUCAAGCUCACGCGCGGCGUCGCCGACAUACUCGACCGGUUCCCGGCGACCAGCUCCGGCAAGGAACACAACACGCUCGAGGGCGCGGAUCCCGGCAGCGCCAUGUUCGUCCUGUCCACGUACGUCCGCCUCCUCGACAUGUACCAGCGCGUCUUCAACAUGGUGAAGAACGAGCUCGCGCAGGCGGACCAGGGCGCGGCGUUCAAGCACUGGAAGCUGCCCGACGUGACGGUUGGCUCCUUUGCCGUCGAGUCGUCGCCGUCGCUGCAGAUGUCCCUCACCAUACAGCUCGCCGAAGAGUUCCUGGUGCGCCUCCGCAACGCGACGGCCGCGCUGGACCCGGCCCUGCGGGGUGCCGAGGAGCACCUCGCCGGUGGCGGCAGCGGUCCUGGCGGCGACUGCAGCUCCAUGUUUUCCGAGGUCGUGGACGUCUCGUACUGCGCUGUGAGGGCCAAGGAGGAGAAGCUGGCGCGGCAUCUGGCGCAGCUCCGCGACGAGAUUGAGGCCUUUUUGGACGGUUAG